AUGAAUAAAAACAGUAUCCACAACUUGCUAGAAAACCUGGAAAGUGAUAAACAGGCAAUAAUGGGGAAAGAGAGUAUUGUUUCAUACAAAAUGAAACUUGUUCUAGCAUUAGUUACAUUGCAAUUAUGCUUUUCAGGGUUCCAUAUUGUGUCAAGGGUUGCACUUAAUAUUGGUGUUAGCAAAGUAGUUUAUCCUGUUUAUAGAAAUAUCAUUGCUUUGCUUUUGUUGAGUCCCUUUGCUUAUUUCUUGGAAAAGAAAGAAAGACCACCCCUUACUUUUUCAUUGCUGGUUCAGUUCUUCCUUUUGGCAUUAUUGGGAAUAACAGCAAACCAGGGAUUUUACAUUUUGGGUUUAUAUUAUGCAUCUCCAACAUUGGCUUCAGCAAUGCAAAACUCAGUUCCUGCAAUUACUUUUCUUGCAGCUUCAGCUCUAAGACUUGAGCAAAUAAAUAUUGCAAGAAAAGAUGGAUUGGCUAAAGUGUUGGGAACCAUAGUGAGUGUAGGAGGUGCUACUGUAAUUACUCUCUAUAAAGGUCCCAUUCUAUUACACCAAUCAAACAAUAUGCAGAAUUGGACUUUGGGAUGCAUUUACCUCCUCGGCCACUGCUUAUCCUGGGCUGGUUGGUUGGUUUUUCAGGCACCUGUAUUGAAGAAGUAUCCAGCAAAACUCACACUCACUUCAUUCACAUGCUUUUUUGGACUAAUCCAGUUCCUGGUUAUAGCAGCAUUUGUGGAAACAGAUUUCAAUAAUUGGAAAAUUCAAUCAAUGGAAGAGCUUUUCACUAUUCUAUAUGCUGGAAUAGUGGCAUCUGGUAUAGUGUUUUCUAUUCAGACAUGGUGUAUCCACAAAGUUGGCCCUGUUUUUGUUGCCAUCUUCCAGCCGUUACAGAUGCUUUUAGUCGCGAUCAUGGCGUUCGUAAUCCUCGGCGACAAAUUAUACUCUGGAUGUGUAUUUGGUGCAGUUCUGAUAGUGGUAGGCCUUUAUUUGGUACUAUGGGGUAAAACUGAGGAGAAAAAAAUAGGAAAUGUAGCCAUUGAUAAAGAAACAUUGAAGCAACAUCUUCUUAUUGACCCUGAAAUUGGAGAUCACAUACAAGAUGAAAGAAAUAAAUCAUAA